GUAGGUCUAGAGCUGUCGAGGGGCCGAAGGCUUCACCCCGCCGAUGCAAGCAUGCACAAGCAUGCCAGCCGUCAUUGGCGAUAAGAGCGCUUAUCAACCCCUUCUGCCCGUCAGGGCGUUGACAAACAAAAGCCCACUUCGAUGGAACCAGCCAACUGGCGCUGCUCGGAGUCUCCUCCGAACACGGAACGGCGGUCCUCGGAGUGGGAUGCCGAGUCUUGCUCCCGAUACUAAGGAUUCAGGAAUCAAAACUGAGGGGUACACGUCCCUUUCGCUCUUUUCCGUUCUCCGAGAUGCCGACAUCAACCCGGCCCUCGUCUCGCAUCGAAUUGCCAGUUCGGUGAAUGGGUUGAAGUGGGCUCUCCCUUUUUUUUCCCGUUUAAGGCAAUCAAGGGCCACUGUUCUGUUCCUGCCGCAUCCAGGUCUGUUGCGGAGCGGCGAACUGUAUGCAAUUGUAUCAUCUGUAUAUUUGCAACACCAGACCACGUUAACAAGCUCGUUGAUAAAUGGUUUACUUUUUGGUCAAUCAACAACCACGCAGCCCAUUUAUUAGCAUCGGCCAGCUGUGUGAGACUCAAGGGUGCUGGGGGUUUCCUUCUGUCCUUCUGGUAGCCCAAGUCUCAGCUUUGCUCAGCUUUCAUUUUAUG